AUGGCUUCGCAACCGCGGUCGAAAAAAUGUAAAUAAAACUUCACGUCGUUCUGUCAUUGUAGUAGACAAAAUUUAUUCGAAGUUUUUCAACUCACACAGUUCUAUUCCUAGUGUUUUCAAGUACUAACGAAGCAGUUUGUCGUGUUUUAUUAUAAAUGGCAUGGAAUCACCGCUUCUCGAGGUCCUAAGUGGCUCUGCAAACUUAUCAUAAACCUAAACCUUUCAAGGAAAAAGUAUGUGAAGUUCUUUUUACCUCAGUUUUGGUACAAAAUAACAAUGGAGAAUAUCCCUGUGCAGUUUACAGUUCCUCCGCCAAGUUACGCCAUGGCACCCCCGCCUCCUCUGCCAACAAUGGCCCCCCCACCCCUUCCGAUGGCUCCCCCACCUCCACCACCACCAAUGAGCUCAUAUCAGCAGCAGACGCAACAGAUGUCCAAACAGAUGUCUGUACCAAUGUCAGGGGCGACUAACCCUACAUGGGUGACACCAGUGAAUGAUUGGCGAGGACCAAUGCCACGGCCAGUCAGGGCCUUCAAUUCAAGACAGCCAUGGCGAGGAGCUCAGCGCUUCAAGAAUCACUCUCGUUUCUCUCCGUACAAUCGGCAGCAGGCUCCUUACAACAACAAUUUUCAGCAAAAAAAGCAGCAGCAAGGAGUUUUUGCUGUCCCGUUUCCUCCAAGAAGAAUGAAAGUAGCUAAUAAAACCCCUGGAAGACCAGCCCCCUCUAAACCGGCAUCAGAGGCUGAAGGAGAAAACAGUGUCAAGAAAAAAGGCAAAAAGAGAUCAAUGUCUGAAAAGUAUCCCACAAAGCCAUGGAACCGGGAGGAUGCUGAGAAAGCUCUGGCGAUAGAAAACAAGUUCAGAAACUUGAACAGCAACAACGCUGUUAUGAUUAGAUUUCCUGAUCCAGAGCUGUCCAAGGAAAUCGUGAGAAGUUAUCAUCCUGGAAUCAAAUCGGUGCAUUUCCAAGCCCCCAGUGGCCAAAGGUAUUGUUUCGUUCAGUUACGAGAAGGUGCUAAUGUAGAUGAAGCUAUUGAAGACUUAAAUUUAGUUGAAUUUGGUAAUGGGCGACUCAUAGCGGAAAGAAAAACGACAAUGAAAGAAGAUGAUGCUGUUGUCACCCCAGAAUGUAUAGAUCCUUACACGCUUUAUGUUGGUAAUCUACCAGUCAGCAUAACUGCCAGCCGUAUAAGGGAACAAUUUCCUAAUUCAUCCAGAGUAGAUAUUGGGUUUGCUCAGAAAAUGAAAUUCACUAGGUGGGCUUUCAUCAGGUUUGAAAAUGUAGAUCUAGCAAUCGAAGCCUUUAAGUCAGCUAUAAACCUAGAGUUUGACUCAAGGUCUGUUGUGUUAAGGUUUAGACGUGCAACCGCAAAACAAUUAGGUAUCUGUGAUCAAUCAAAGAAUGUGAAGACUGAAAAUAUAGUAGAAAAACAGUCGAGUUCAGGAAGCAACUCAUCAAAAGAAGCCGCAAAAGAUUCUCAAAUUAAGAAAGAACCGAAGCUUGAGUCUACAGAAGAAGACGAUGAAGAAGACUAUGAGCAAGAUAUCGAAAAUGAAUUGGACUCAGUUAUGGGAGAUGUCGACACUUACACAGAGCUUGGUGAUGAUGAGCUCGACUACAUGUACAAUAUCGGAAAUGAGGUGGAUGACGAUGAUGAUGAGGACGAGGUAGUGGCUUAUUCUACAUCUUGCAAUAUGAACAAACGAUUUAACAUUGACAACGAAGAUGACGAUGAUGACGAUGACGAAGAAGUAGAGCGUCUUCCAUUCCGCUCUAAUCUCCACGAUAACAGUGAUGAUGAUGAGCCUUUCCUGAGGAACCGAAGUUUUCUCUAAAUUGUGAUACUGAAAAGUUUUUCUGUGAUUGCUUAUGAGGGUCUGUAAGAGUUGAGUAAUUUUGAGCUUCCUAAAGCUCAGUUUUUAGCCUACCCCUUGUGGUAAUAGCUAGUCAGAUUUUGACUAGUUUAAGAUGUCAAAUUAAGAUUUAUCGUUUGUAUACAAAUUGCAAUUUCUCAAUCAUAACUUAGGCAGUCUAUCUUCAAAAAGAAAACCCCUGAAAAUUCCAUAUUUCAUGGAUUUAUUUUGAUCUUGAGUUGGCUUUACAUUUGAAUUAAUUUCUCGUUGUGGUUAUAAGUAUUGGUGCUUCAUUUUUCGUUUUGCAAAGCUGCAUGCAGUUCAUCUUGGACUAUGUGUUAGUACGCUUUUCUUGGAUGGAACUUUUUGUAUCUAAUUUGAAAUUAAUCAGCAUACUAUUAAUUCAAAUUUUCAAGUUUUGCGUUGUAAUAUUUGCAGUAAAAGGACGUUUAAAAGCCAACAUCUGAAGUAUUACAAGAAUUAAAGUGACAUUUCAACACUAUUUCUCCAUGGCUUGUGAAGCGAUUAUGGAUAGGGACCUGAUAGGAUCUUCAGAUUCGUUGAAUCUAGAAAGAGCAUAUAACUUGAAGAAAUAUUAGGAAGGUAGGAUUGAAAGAAAAAGAGUUAUACUGUUUUAAAAUUCAAUAGAUUAUGAUCAUGGAAGAAUAUGGUCGUAAUUUUGGGAAGCUUUUCAAAGCAUUUUCACUAUUUAUACAUUAAUUAAUGGCAGGAAAAACAGUUCUUCAUAAAUCAAGUAAUCCAUUGGACAGGGAACUAUCACAAUACAGAACAGAGCAUCUUAUAACUUGACAGAUAAUGUUAGCAAACACCAACUUAGAUUCUUUUGUUAAUCCUAGCAUUUUGAUGUUGUACGUUCAACUACUGCAAGUACCUUUACCUAUGUUCUCACUGCUUUAAUUUAUGUUUUUGUCAUGUACCUUAUUAAUUUAUAAGCUAUCUGUAGUCCUAAUGUAAAUCACACAUCACAUUUUAUUUGUUUUAUCAUAAUAUACUGCUCAGUUUAUUAGGUCCUCUUUUGAAUAUAAAGCAAAAGCGUUGUCAGUACCUAUAUGAAUAGGGCAGGCAUGUUGGUGUAAAAAAAAUAUUAUCCUUAGCAUUCAAAGUUGACAUUUGAAUGGCCACUCUUUGUAAAUUUUAUUUUUCAAGCUUUCACGCUUUUCAUCGCAUCAAAGCUAUCUAGCUAUCUCGCAUCUAGCUAUCGUGACCUAGGAGCCGUUGAUUUUUUCUUUUCCUUCAAGUUGAUGGAUUUGAUAGUUUCUUCACUUGCAUCUAAAUUGUUCAUCUAAGCACUUUUGUGCAUUUUUCGUACGAUUGAAUUGAUAUCUUAGUAGCAUUUAUAAUGAUGAAUCUAUCUGUUAUUGUCUGUUUAAAAAAGAGUCUCCAAAGCUCAGAUUCAAAUUUGGUAGGAAAGCAUAUUUCACCAGUAGGUAAACAUUGAAAUUCGAGUCUUUGACAGUUAACAUGCUUACGCAUAACAAAGAAUAAGUUUCGAGUAGAUUAGUUCAUCUUUGUGCUUAUGGAUGGCUCUAAGUUGCAUUUUAAUUAAAAAUUGCAAGCCCUAAGCAUAUUAAAACUUUCAGUAGCUUUUUCUUAAAAGUGAAUCUUUCAAAAUGCAAACUUCAAUCAUCGAAAUUUGUAUUCUUUCUCAUGCCAAAAUGUUACCUAAAUGCUUUUCCCAACAGUAACACUGAUAUCUCACCUUAGAAUUUGUUUUUUUAGCUCUGAUGUCCUUUCUCUUGCGGGCGGUUACAGAUCUCAAAUUCUUCCGCAGUGCAAGAAUCUUGUCAACAAUAUGAAUUAAAAAAAUCUUGUUUUGUUGAAUUCACAACGUUCUUUGGUUCUUUACCACUGCAAAUGCACUUUCGUGAUAUCACUCUAAUCUGGAGAACAAAUCAUGUGUGAGGUAGUGUGUGUGGUCAUAUAUGCCUAAGUUUUGUACACAUGUAUCUCCGUUUUGGCUGUGAAAAUUUUUGGAGAGUUCCCCAGCAUCAGUUACUGAUUUGCGAAGAGCAAGUCUUGUUCCAAUUCAACAGCUGUUUCCUUUUAAAUUGUACUGGAUGAAUUAUUCCAAUUGUCUGUUAGAGGAUAUCCAUCUCAUUUAUUUGAUAAAGUAAAACAAUAUCUUACAGCCAAAAUGUGAGUUGCCCAAUUUUAGAAAUCAAUGGAAACCUCCUUUAUAAUUUUUAUAAGGACAUAAAACUACUUAAUUUUUUUUUAUUAUUAUUUUUAUUGAUCAAACCAAUCCGUAAUAAUGAAAUAAACAAAGUCUAAAUUUGCAGAAUUUAUAGUUUUCCUCUCACGUAAGGACUACAACAUUUUGCAAUGAGGAUCCAUAAUUUCCGGCUCAAUGUAUGAAAGCACCUAUCUGCGGUCUGACAUGUCAAUACGAAAAGACAGGAUACAAUCCUAUCUUAACCAUGCAGUAUAUCACUUUUCAAUGUCGUAUCGUGCUGCUUUUAGCUUUAAAUAAUUAGACCGCUGUAUAGGGGCAACAAUGGUACAAUUGGUGUUUUAGAAAUUAGCCAGACAUGAAAGUUCCUAUCGCAAAAUGUAGUCCAUUUGAAACAAAUGAGAGCCAUCGAAAUUGAGUGGUGCUGUCUGCUGCAUGCUGUGACAAUAAUGGGCAAGAGUCAAGAUACGUUAAAAGUUGUUUAACAAGUUUGUAAAACUGCAUCUUUUUUUUUUUUUAAACAAAGCUUGGAAAAACUUGAAAUGUUUCCUUAGCCUGCACAAAUCACAAAUUGAAUGUUUUCCGUUACAUUUACCGUUUCAAUAGUAGUGGCAUGGCGUGCAUUGUGAUAUAUCAAUUGAUCUGCCUUUUGAAUCUAUGGAAAAGGAUCGAUAAACAGGGUGUUUGCAAGGAACUCCUUAAUAAGUUAUUUUUUUCCAUAGCUUCAAAUGGGGAAAUAUCGAUAAUCGAUCAUACAUGCAUCGCCUCUGUUCAAUAGGUUUGCUCAAUUUUGUGUCGAGGGUUUUCCAUUCUACUCUCCCCUUUUGUAAAAACUGAACUCCGAUUUGGCUUUUGAAUUAAUAAUUAUAGCGCAUACAUUUCUAAAACUGACAUUUUAUUUUUUAAGAUUUCAAAACUGACCCAGAGUUGUGCAUUUCCCUUAUGAAUCAGACAUCCUGUCUCUUACGAAAAUUGAAGUACAAAUGUUUACUCUCCAAGGUAAUACGUAUUUAGUUGAACCCUAGUCAUAGAACCAUGCUUUGAGACAGUAGCUGCAUAGAUUUAUCUACCUAUAUUCGUGUCCUUAAUAUUACUGAAAAAGGUCCAAUUCAGGUUGUCUCAGUUAAAUAAUUGAGAAUCAUUGUCUUUUUUUUAUUAAUAAGCAUAGAAUUUAAACGUAAGUUCACCUUACAUGGCAAUUAAAUUGCAUGCAAGUGCUCUAUAAAUAGUAAGUUAUUGUUAAUUAUCAUUAAGACGUUAGACUUUGGUCAGUUUGAUGAGCAUCACAAUUGCAGCGUUAGUUUUGAAAAAUCAGACUUGUCAUCUUUUCAAAAUCAACGCUCCUAUUGAAUUCUUUAUUUGAUCGAUACAGCUUUGCACAAUCUGGGAUUUAAAUCCUUUAAUAAAUCAUUUUAGAGCUUUGAAUAUCUUAAAGUUGCUCUCUGUUUUUGCAUCAUUGUAAACUUUUAGGUAAAAUCUCUCUUAAUGGUUGAAUCUGUUCAAUUGUUAAUGAUUUUCCUUUUCAAUUACAUUAUCGGAGAUAAUUGAAUCAAGAUAAUGUAGCGUCUGUUUCUAUCUCUCCACUGCCCUUCAUUGUUUAAUAUAUUCAAUUGAAAUGUAAUGUGAUUUUAUAUCAUCAUCAUUGAUGUACUUAUCCAAAAGUUUUAAGAAGUCCAAGUACCUAUUAAAUUUUAAUUUUUAAGUUGUUCGCUGUGUUUGUGUGAAUCAUUGAUGCAGAGUUUUUAAGCAAGGUAAGGCAAAUUUCCUAGUCUUCCUUGACUUUAAAAUGUGUAAGUUUUAAGAGUAAUUUGUUAAAAAAAAAAUGCCAUUUUUCAGCCACUGAGGUAAGUAGUUUUAACGUUUAUGAGCAAAUCAUCCUCAAACUAAACGAAUUACAACAACACAUUUUUUUUUUUUAAAUUGUACAUAUAACUAUUUUAUUAUUUAUUUUGAGUUAAGAAUUUUUGUUACUUCAGCCUGAUUAAUGGCAAAACAAUUUAAAUAUAUUUUAAAACAUUA